AUGGCCACUACACCCACCCUUCAAGAAAAUGUAGAAACAAAAAAUGCUUCAUCACCUAAUAAUACUGAAGAGGAAAAUGAGUCAAAGAAUGAAGGAGAAAGUAGAAGAAAGAGACAUAAAUCAGCUGUUUGGGCGCAUUUUGAAAGGUUGCCGUUGGACAAAACUAAUGGAGAACCCCGUGCUAAGUGUAAGUACUGCCCAAUGACAAUUGGUUGUGACUCUACAAGACAUGGGACAAAUGGAAUGAGAAAACAUGUAAAAAGAUAUCCUAGAAAUCCGAACAAAGCAAACAAGUUGGCACAGUCUUUGCUAUCAGGCUCUCAAUUAGGGUCAUCUAAAACUUUGAGCCAUCAUCUAUUUAAUCAACUCGAUUGCAGACAAGCCAUUGCUAUAUUUGUGAUAUUGGAUGAAAUGCCUUUUAAUGUUGUGGAAGGUGAUGGUUUUAAAGAGAUGAUGAGAAGGCUAGAACCUCGCUUUCAAGUCCCUUCAAGAGCGACAGUUACUAGAGAUUGCUACAAGUUAUACCUUGAAGAAGCUAGAAAGUUGAAAAGCAUUGAUAAGGUGUUUACAAUCACGGUUGAUAAUGCUUCUUCUAAUGACACUGCUUUGGCAUCUUUAAAGGGGGUCUUGAGGCAUUGGAAUGGUUUAGUUUGUGAUGGGGAGUUCUUGCACUUGCGUUGUUGUGCGCAUAUCUUAAAUUUGAUUGUUUCUGAUGGUGUGAAGGAUAUGCACAAGUGUAUUGAAGGCAUUCGGAAUGCCAUUAAAUAUGUGAGAUCUUCUCCAUCAAGGUUUCAUAAAUUCAAGGAGCUUGUGGAAAAAAUGAAAAUUGAUUCAAGGAGGCUACUAAGCAUGGAUUGUCCAACUCGAUGGAAUUCAACUUACAUAAUGUUAGAGAGUGCAAUUAAAUUUUACAGCGUUUUUGAGAGGAUGGAGCAGCAAGAUAAUGAUUAUAGAAACUUCUUCUUAGAUAAAAAUUUGAUUGGUCCCCCUAAUGAAAAUGAUUGGAAGGAUGCAAAAGAUUUUAUAGUUGAUGUCUUUGCAGUUUUAUAUGAAAGUGCAAACAAUCAUGAUUCCUUGCUUUGUGUGGUACUUGACCCAAGGUAUAAAAUGAAAUAUUUGCAGUUUGCUUUUGAGGAUAUGUUUCCUGAGGCUACACAACGUGAAGCUAUGACAAAAAAGGUCUCAGAUGUCUUAUAUCGUUUGUAUGAUCAUUAUUCAAGUGGGGUUGACACAUCUCAGACUCAAAGUCAGAGUCAAAGUCAGACACAAGGAGCAAGUGAAAGUAGUUUGACUCAAUCACUUGGAUCAGAUCGUAGGCCUUUAACUUUCUUAAGUUCUAGGUCUAGGGCUUCAUUUCAAAGAUUUCUCGCCCAAAAAGAGACUGAGAUUCAAGCAGAUAAGUAUGCAGAGGUGGACAAGUAUUUGCAUGAUGAGUUAGCUGAAGCACUUGAUCCAAAUUUUGACAUUUUAACGUGGUGGAAAUUGAAUUCGGCUAAAUAUAAAGUCCUUUCAUUGAUUGCACGUGAUGUAUUGGCCAUGCCUGUUUCCACUGUGUCUUCAGAAUCUACAUUUAGCAUAGGAGGUCGUGUAAUUGAUGAUUCUAGGAGCUCCCUAUCUCCAAAGAUGGUCGAGGCACUAAUUUGUGCCCAAAACUGGCUAUCUCCAUCAACUGCAAAAUUGAAGGGUGUUGACGUUGAUGAUUUUAACGAUACAGAGCAAGCUGUGGAAGAAGAAUCAUUGGCUUCAAAUAUCUCAGUUGAAGAGGAAGAGCAAUGA